GUCGCGACGCGACGAAAUUGGUCCAGUAGUCUGUUCUGUGCGCUCGAAGUCAGACGUAGGGAUCGUAGCUCCGAAAGAGAAGUGAUAUUCUGCAUUAUCACAUCAGGCGACAUCUGCAAAGUAAGGCCGUGGAGCAACGCCGUCGCCGUAGACCCUUCGAAGGCCCUUCUAAAGAAGGAAGGAGAAAUGCGCUUGAAGGGGGCCGACGGUUCCGUGGACAUCCCGGGAUCCCUGUUGCACACUCAUAACGUGGGCCAGCGAGACCAGAACCGGAAUCAGCCCUCCACAAGGGACACGCUGCCGGACUCCGGCAUAAUCCACUGCAGCACACAAUGGGCCAACAGUUACGUGGCAUCGCCGAACACAACUGCCUGUACAACUCCCGGGAAAGAACUUCAGCAACAUCUUGCAAACGGCGGCAGCAACUUCAACAACAACAUCACGGCUUCUUUCCAGCAACAUCGCUCCACCUACAACAGUUCUUCAGAGUUCCUAUCAGAGUCCUCUCCAGAUGACAGCCUAGGCGAUUUCGAAGACGGGCAGCAGAGCUCGAGUUCGCUGGAUGCGUCUCCACAAGGAGACGAGUACAGGUGCUUCAGCCAUGAGGAAGUCAGCGACUCCGACUCCUUGUCAGACGAUGGCAGGUGCCGAGGUCUUCUCGCUGCAUUGGGAGGCCGUGGUAUUGUAAAUCCCAACUAUCCUGGCUUCCAGUAUUUGGCUUGCGAGCUUCACCCCUCUGACACAGAUGAUACCGAGGAGGAGCGUGACACGGGCAACAAGAAUUGCAACAAUAACAAUAAUGGAGAAGAAGACAUUGAUGAUUCUGACAAUGAAACUGAGUCCAAGAUUGAUAGCGUGAAUCAUCUAGAUAGUGUAGAGAAUUUCCAGAAAGAUUUCUAUGAUAAACCAAAGUUUAAUAUUCCAGUAGAUGCAGAGUUAGAUUGUUAUUGCGUGGAUGGUAGUGAAUCAGUUGCUGCUGUGGACGACGAGAAAGAUUUAAAUGUGCGUUUACCGGAGAGUGAAAAUAUCGUGACCGCAGAUUCAAAAAAUGUCAGCGCAGAAGAGCUGGAAAGUGACAGUAAAGUGUUAGUGACCAACAUGGCAGCCAUUGCUCUGACAUGCAAUAAUAUAGACACACCCCUUAUUGAUUCACAACAGAUUAACUGUAGCAAGAUGUCAGACGCUUUCCUUUCUAGCGCAAAGGAGGAUCUGCUCUGCAAAAACACUACUGAAGAAGGGAGCGUCAGGAACAAGUGUGAAGACGUUAUGAGCUGUCUCAACUCUCUGGAGCCCUGUUCCGGUGAUGCCAACAUCUUGAACAUGGGAGAUUCUAAUCGGGCAGUUGAAGAAUGGGAAGAGAUGGAAAAGUCCAUAGAAAAAUUCAACAAAGAAGAACAGAUUUCAAACGAAAAAGAGCAAGAUGAUGAUCUGGUUGUUCCUCGUAAGAAGGAGAAGAUGGAAAUCAAUUACAGUGUAAAGAAAAGUAGGAGUAACAGCUGUGCCAGCAACAUGGACAUGCUGCAGGUGGCAUCAGCACCAGUCUUGGAGCAGCAGGAACAGCAGGUGGACGCCGUAGUGAGGUGGCGUGAUUUCGGACCCAGAGGUGGCAGGGAUCAUGUCCUGGCGAACAGACGGUCCGUCCCCACUGCAGCAUGCGACAAGAAGCGUUCCUCCACAGAGAUCCUAGGUGGUUUCGAUGUGUACAACAUAGAGACGGCUAUGCCGAAGAUCGACUUGGAUGCUAUCGAAUCUCACUUGCGAGCAGCGAGAGAGGAAGAGAGACGGCGUCGCAAUGAUCGUGAGGAGAUUCGACGGCGACUUGCCAUGGGCUCGGACACAGAUGAGUACUAUGGGAGUGAACGACCUGGCAGGAAACCUAGCCUGCAGGCUAGACUUCAGAGUGUGUCUUUUACCCCUCCAGGGAUGAACCUGCAGAUAUGCUUCAUGAAUGAGACUGUAUCAGACACUGAGUCUCCAAGUUCAGACACGGAGACAGCAUCGUCACCAGCGAAAACAGAUCCAGAGAAGAUUAUAGCUGUUUCACGGAGCAGUGCUUUGCCAGUAAAGCCACUGCAGCUGACACCUUCACCAGCAGCUACUCGACCUUCCACUUCACUACUCACUCUGCCCAUACACAGGGAGACUGAACCUCCUCAUCCCAUGACAGAAGCAGAUUUCUUUGCUCGCCAGGCGCAGCUACAGGCAGAAGCUCGGAUGGCAUUGGCUCAGGCUAAGGAGAUGGCUCAUAUGCAGAUGGAAGUGGAACGUCAGCGCCUGAAAACGAGUCCCAUCACAGAGAUGGUUCGGUCUAGUCUUGAGAAGGUUGGAAUCCCAUUCCCUGAGGACAGGAGACGUGUCAGUAGGCAGAUUCUUACAGAAAUGAAUGUGGCCCAACUUCAAGUUAUAGUUAAUGAUCUACAUACACAAAUAGAAAUUUUGAAUGAGGGCUUAGUAAAGUUCCUGAUGGAUCGAGAUGAUCUACAUAUGGAGCAAGAUUCUAUGUUGGUUGAUAUAGAGGAUCUAACACGAUACCUGGGUGCCAAGGAACAGACAGUGAAGGAACAGGAGGACUUGCAGCUGUUGAAUCAAAACAAUAACAAUAAUAACCACAAUUUCCUCCCAGCGAAACCAAAGGUCAAUAGGGUAGCAGGUCUUGCGAAGAAAUAAUGUACAGAUUGAAACUGGGAAGAUUAUGAUACGUACAGAAAUGCAAGUGUUAGACAUUCCAUUUUGACAUUGGAGUUGGAAUUUUAUUUGUGCAGUGUAAGUCAAAGUCUGCUCCAGUGAAACAGAUGUAUUUUUUUGCCAUUUAUGCAUUUUGGAUUUUACUUGAAACAUGAGAAAAUACAGUAGGUGGCAGCAGUCAUUCCAGUGCUAGUUCCUUUACUUACAAGCCAUUGGAAUUUAUGUAAUUAAUUUGAAGACAAUUAUGAUUAUGCAUUUUGCAUUUGAAGUAAAACCUAGUCGAGCCCAGAUGUUCUUUUCAAACAAAGGUUUGGUUCUAUUUGUUUACUUAAUUUCAGACUUCAUAGGAAGUAGCUUCUUUUUUGUAACAUAAUAAUUUCACCAUAUGCUUCACAUGACUUACCACUGUAAGGGACAGUAUGUUUUAGUCGAUGUGGAAACCGGUGUAAAUUGCUGAGAAAUGUGUGUGUCUUCGGUGAGGAAUAUAUGCUGUAUGCACUUCCUUUUGAAUCUCUGUGGAACAAAGACAAGUUCUGGGUAAACUGUACAUACCUAUUUUGUUCAUGUGCUGUGGAUUAUAAGUUCUCCAUUGUUUGUGCAGCAGCCACCUGUGUUAAAUUUCCUUCUAGUGCCAAAGAAAUUUACUUACUGUAUUGUUCCAAAUAUGGUUUUGUUUAAAGUAAAGUUGCCUGUAUGCCUAAGCACCACACUGGUAUAGCAUGAAAAACAAAGGAUUGUGCAUUCCUAAUGGUAACACCAGUUGGUCAUCUUCACACUGCAGCCAAGUGCCCAGGCCCUAGAACUAGGCUAGUUACGGAGAAGAGACGGAUCUUGUGCUUGAUGGUCAACUGAAUCCUAGCCAUUCUGCCCUUAAGCAGUCACUUCACUGACUGAGCUGUGCCAGCUCACAUUCACACAUGCGUAACUUUUUCUUUUUAUGUGUUCAUGCUGUAGCAUAAGCGAACAACACGUGGGUUUAUGUAUAUCUGUCCCAUUUGUUAGACGCAAUUUUUUCUGAAUAGUGGUGCAAAAACGACCUAAAGUCAUUGUUCAAAGCUGCAAAAUAGUGGUCUUGAAUCAUACCAAUGCGAGAAUGACCUAAGAUGUAAGUAACCAUGGAUGAUGAUAGUUCAACAGUGACCCAAUAAUGUAGCAUGAAGAACGCCUUUGGAAUGUCAUUGUGUUCUAAAGAAUGCACCUUUCCAAUUUUGUUUGUAUUUGCUAUAGGGUGAUGUUACUUCAUCCAUUCAGUGAUCCUUGUAAUAGUAAUAAAGUAUGAAGUUUCUGUUCA